AUGCUGGGUCGAGCCGUGCUGGCCGGGCCGAUUCUGAUUGCAUCAUCACGCGGUGGUGUAAAUAUCGAGGAAGUGGCGGCCAGCGACCCAGAUGCUAUUAUCAAAGUUCCGAUUGAUAUGUGCCUUGGCGUCACGCGCGAGAAAGCCGCCGAAGUUGCUGCUCUCAUGGGUUUCCAAGGAGAUUGCUCGAAGCAGGCUGCUGAAAUAAUAUUCAAAUUGUAUAAACUAUUUCGUGGAACUGAUGCAACUCUGUUGGAGAUUAACCCUAUGGCGGAAGAUGUUAAUGGAAACGUAUCGGAAGAGGGUUGGACCUAUGAAUCGACAGUCGUGAUGGAGAUCAUCGAGGGGGACGAGGAUGUCGACGACGAGUCGUGCGGGAGAGCUGGACGAGGGUGGAGUCCGGAUGCCGAGAAGAAGCCACGAUCGUCUGCCGCAGACUUUAAAUAUCAUGUACUACCGCACCCCUAA